CAAGCCUCACUGCAAGGGGAAAAAAAAAAAAACUCGUCGGUCGUCGAAUAAUUCUCCGGCUUAUCCAUAAAAAAAAAUUCUCCGGCAGCAUGACAAAAAAGGAAUGCCUACUUAUGCCGGAGGAAACGUCGAGCGCCACCGUUAAACGGAAGCAUAUUUACUUUGAAGAAUUUCAUUGUAACCGACAAACCAAGCGGCAAAAAUUGGUGUCUUCUGAAACUAAAACUAAAACAAAAACCCUAACUCUAAACCCGGAACCGGUACGAAACCCGCCGGGUUGGAAUCGUUUCCACGCCAUUCGUCCUUGCUCAUCUUCGUCGUCUCGGGUGCACAAACGGUGGCAGAAGAGAAACAAUUGCAGAAGCUCGGAAGCUUCCCGCAACUGGGUCUUCUCUUCCUACGAUUGUUCUGAUUGCAAAGAUAAAGUUGUCAUUGUUUCAUAUAAUAUACUUGGUGUGGAAAAUGCAGCAAAGCAUCCCGAUUUGUAUCUUAAUGUCCCACGAAAGUUCUUAAAGUGGGAUAGACGUAAAGGCCUAAUAUGUAAGGAGGUCAAUCAUUACAAUGCUGACAUCCUGUGUUUUCAGGAGGUUGAUCGUUUUAAGGAUUUGGAUGAUCUUCUGCAUGAAAAUGGCUUUAAAGGUGUUUACAAGGUUCGCACAGGUGAUGCAUGUGAUGGUUGUGCUUUAUUCUGGAAUGAAAAAAAAUUUACCCUAUUGCAUGAAGACAGUAUAGAGUUCCAGGAUUUUGACCUUCGUAACAAUGUUGCACAAUUUUGUGUUUUGAAGAUGAAUCGACAUCAAUCAGAGUCUAGUUCACAUGCAAAACCAUCAAAGAAAAGACAAAUGCGAAGUCGAAGAUUAUUGGUUGGGAAUAUACAUGUGCUGUUCAACCCAAACCGUGGAGACAUAAAGCUGGGCCAGGUCCGGCUGUUUCUUGAGAAGGCUUACAAGCUAUCACAAGAAUGGGGCAACAUCCCCGUUAUACUUGUAGGAGAUUUUAACAGCAUUCCUCAGAGUGCUAUGUAUCAAUUUCUGGCAUCAUCUGAGCUCAAUAUCCAUCUCCAUGAUCGCCGACGGAUUUCAGGGCAACUUGAACAUUCAUCGCGGAGAAGAGAAAUUAGAGCUCAAAACAAGGAUAUAGACAGGCACCAUGUUUGGACGCCUUUCUCCAGGCAGUUAACGUCUUCAUGGAGUGAUGAAGAAUUAGUUCUUGCAACUGGCAAUAAAGGUGUCACUCAUCUGCAGCACAAAUUAAACCUUUCCAGUGCUUAUCUUGGGGCUCCUGGGAGCCAUAGAACAAGAGAUAGUCAUGGAGAGCCCUUGGCAACAUCAUACCACUCCAAGUUUAUGGGAACUGUAGAUUAUAUAUGGCAUACAGGGGAACUUAUUCCUGUGAAAGUUCUCGACACAUUGCCUGUAGACGUAUUGAGAAGGAAUGCAAGCCUUCCUAGUGAGAGGUGGGGUAGCGACCAUCUUGCUCUUGUAUGUGAAUUGGCCUUUGCUGAUGAUUGCAAGGAACCCUGAUUGUUAUGUUUUCUAUGGAGUUAUAAACAUUAUGGUUUUCUUGGGGAUCUGAAAAUUAUGUAGAAAUAUCCUCUUUGACAUGCAUAGAGAGAAAAACGCAAAAUCAUCCGAUAAUGCUAAAACUUUUCUCCGAAGAAAACUACUGAUGUACCGGAGCCGGAGCUGGAGCUGGAUUCUAUAUUUAUAUGGAAAACAAAGAAGUGCCAUUAUGAAUUAUGCAGGUGAGCCAAAUAGAUCAUUUGUAGAUAAUGCGAUUUCUUUAUUUUUUUUAUUUCUAAUUUUAUCUGAUUCGGUGUUUUAACUUUUAAUCCUGAUGUAAGUCGAUAUUAGAUUGUUAUUUAAUGAGAAUUGUGGAAAUAGUUUUGCUCUA